CCACUUAAUUUGUCAAGUAGAAGGAAAAAAUUAAAAAUAACUAAGACUUAGAGUUUAAUUUGAAAGUACUUGCUAAGCUAGGUAGUAGGUGCGUGUUUCGUUUGUUUUUGGACACAAGACACGAAUGUCCUGUACAGAAAGAAAGAGAUGACAAAAGACGAAUAGUAGGUGAUGCAUUAAAUCCAGUAUUACCAUCAAACACAACCAUUUCAUACCAUGGCUGUGUAUAUUGGAAAACGGGACACAGUGUCGCUGCCUGUGAACUUUUGUCCCUCACUUCUUCGAGGAAAUCGUGGAAGUUUGGAAUCGGUGAUGAGCAUUAAUGGAUCCUGCGACUCCAGUGACGAUUAUCGAUAUGCGGAGGUAUCGCAUCCAGCUCAAAUGUUGGCUGGGUUACAGUCACUACGUCGAAACAGCAGGCUGUGUGAUGUUAGUCUGUGUGUCGAUGGACGGGAAUUUCCGUGUCACAAAUGUGUUCUAGCGGCGUUCAGUUCGUACUUUGACGCCAUGUUCAGUGGUAACAUGGUAGAGAGUCAACAAAGCAAAGUUACCAUUAACGGAAUUGAGUCAUCCAUUUUAGAAAAAUUACUGGACUAUGCAUACACAUCAGAAAUCACAAUAAACAGACAAAAUGUGCAGAGCCUCCUGGCGGCCUCCAAUCUGCUGGAGAUCAUUCAAGUCAAGGAGGCCUGCUGUCACUUUCUGGAGCAGAACAUGGAUGAAACAAAUGCUGUAGGGAUCCAUUGCUUUGCUGAAAUCCACGCUUGUGACGAACUACAACAAAAGUCCAAGGACUUUAUUUUACAGAACUUCACAGCUGUCUCACAGAACGAGGAAUUCAACAACCUUUCUCAGGCCAAACUGACUGAGCUCUUGUCAGAUGAUGAACUGAUCGUAGAUUCAGAGGAGACGGUAUACGAAGCGGCUAUGCGGUGGCUGGACCACAGCAAUGAUAAUCGCCUCGGGGAAUUUUACCGUGUCCUAGAGUGCGUGAGGUUACCCAUGAUCAAUCCCUACUUCCUGCAUGAUUUUGUGGAACAGACGGAUGUUAUAAAGUCGUGUGAGCAGUGUAAGAAACUCGUGGAUGAAGCUAAGAAUUUCCACCUCCUGCCAGACAGAAGGACAGAAUUCAAUAAUAAACGUAUGAGAAUACGUAAAUCAGCAGGUUUUGUGGAGGUGGUGGUGGCGGUCGGUGGAGAAGAUGAUAAGGUGGUGCUACGGAGCGUAGAAACAUUCGACCCAAAUACAUUGACAUGGAAACCACUGGCGUGUCUGCCAUUCGCAAUCAGUAAACAUGGACUGGUAUCUGUAGGUGGGUCAUAUCUAUACCUGGCGGGAGGAGAGUAUCCGGAUGGGAAUGCCAGUCGGAGCGUUUGGAGGUAUGAUCCUUGUCUGGAUACGUGGGACGAGAUGCAGAGCAUGCAGACACCGAGAUCCGAGCUAGAUUUCUGUGUAUGUUACACAGGACUAGCUAUGUUGGAUGGGUAUAUGUAUGCUGUUGGUGGCUGGGAUGGAGCUGUGAGACUGGACACUGUGGAGCAGUACAAUCUGUACACUAAUGUUUGGUGUUACGUCUCAAACAUGAAGAUGGCCUUGACCAGUCCAGCAGUAGCAGCAGUGGACGGAUGUCUCUAUGUCACAGGUGGAGCUGUCCUGGAGGAUGGAGAUGGCAUAGAUCUUGUCCAGUGUUACAAUCCCCGCUCAGACGUGUGGACGGAGAAGAGCCCCAUGUUGAUCCCCCGAUCGGGGUCUGGGGCCUGCGUACUGGACGGCUCGAUAUAUAUUAUAGGUGGAUGGCAUGCCGCCACAGAAAACACAAACAAGGUGGAGUGUUACAACCCCCGCACAAACCAGUGGACCCAGAAAGCCUCGCUGUCAGAGAGGAGGUACCGUCCCGGGGUAGCAGUGGUGGGAGGAAAGAUCUACGUGUGUGGUGGAGAGGAGGGAUGGGACAGAUACCAUGAUACAAUCGAGUGCUAUGACCCCGAAUCGGACAGUUGGGAGAUCAUCGCAGAAAUGCAGUCUAGCAGAAGCUGGCUAAGCUGUGUUGCCAUGGUGAUCAGAAAAGAAAUCAUUAACAAAGAAAGAUCAACUCCAUUCUGCAAUGUCUGAUUCCCUAGUGACAUAUCUGCAAAGCUACUUUCAUUUUUCUCUCCACUUUCAAGGGAUUUUGUACAGUACAUAAAUGCAUUCUAACAUUUUGAAAAUGAUGGUGUAAAGUUUCAAUUACCCUGACAAAGUCUUGAGAUUUUUUACCUGUAGACUUUGUAAUGAUUACAAAACAUUUAAGAGAUUAUGCUGAAGUUUACACCAUUAAUUCAUAAGCACUCAUGUUAUUAAUUGGUGACUGAACAAUUAAAGGAAUAAUUAUCAUGUCUGCAAUAAGACGAUGGGAACAAAUAUAUUCCAUAUAUACGUACAUAUGUGUACUACAUUUUUAUCAGUGUGUAAAAAAAAGGGGGUGGAUGUAAAUAUUGGAGCAGGCCUCUUGAAGAAUUUCUGUGUAAAAAUGAUCAUGAGAAAUUCAUUUAAAUCAGAGUUAUUCCCCUUGACACAUCUUUGCUGGACAAAGAUCUUCUCGCAUUCCCAUGUUUUAUUAAUCUCGUUAAUGUGCUUGCUCUACUUUAUACUGAGAAAAGCCUCAGAUUUUGUAUAAUAAUGUGUAUUUCACUCUUUAUACAACAAUUUCACGUUUUAAUAGAUACAAUUAAUCUCCACUGAGAUAUGUGCUUAACAUUGAGUGUGUUCAGACUUUGGUGGUUAUUGGUCGUGAGCUGUACGGCACAUCACUGCUGGUUCUACAAUAAUACUGUAGUGUUUUAUAUAUGGUCUUACCAUGAAUCAACUUACUGACAAAACGUACAAAUAUAAAUCUGUGUACUUUUCUUUUAGAUACCUGCCCUGUGCAAACAUAAGGAUGGGUGUUGGUAUAAAAUUUAGUUUUUUCUUCACAGUUAUGUAUAUGUGUACAUUAUCUGAGCUGUGUUCAAUAGUAUAGAAAAUAAGCCCAUGUUUAUAUUGUACUGCACACUGCACCACAGGAAUCUCUGAGGGAGGGGGUAUUCUACUAAAAAUGACUUGUGCACAUUAUAAACUGAAUAUAUAAUAAACAUUCAAUAACG